ACGGCUGCAAAACAAAACAAAACAAAAAAGAAAAUAGGAUUAUUGUGGAGAACUUCAACAAACUUUCUGUUUUGAAUCUUUAAUUUCGCCCUCGCAGAUGGCAGAGCACUGGUUACUUUGAACAUGGAAAAUCUCCUCUCUGACCAGGGCUGCGAGCUGUGAGUUCAGUACUGAGAAGAUCUGUGACUGGCUGGGAAAUGGCAGAUAUUCUGGAACUGCGGACAGAUGGAAACUCACUCCUGAAGGCAGUGUGGCUCAGACGCUUGAGGCUCACCAGGCUCUUGUUGGAAGGAGGUGCCUACAUCAACGAGAGCAAUGAACGUGGGGAGACACCUCUCAUGGUGGCCUGCAUGUCCACACACACUGACCAGCAGAGUGUAAGUAAGGCAAAGCUCGUAAAAUAUCUGCUGGACAACCAAGCGGACCCUAACAUACAGGACAAAGGAGGUAGGACAGCGUUAAUGCACGCCUGCAUUCACAAGGCUGGACACGAAGUGGUGGAUCACCUACUGAGCAAUGGUGCUGAUCCCAGCCUGGAAGACAGGAGCGGGGCCUCAGCGCUGGUCUACGCCAUAAACGCAGAUGACAAGGAGACACUUAAACUGCUCUUGGAUGCAUGCAAAGCUAAAGGCAAGGAGGUGAUCAUAAUCACCACAGACAAGUCACCAUCUGGCACUAAGACUACCAAACAGUAUCUAAAUGUCCCUCCAUCACCAGAGCUGGUUGAGAGAUCUUCCCCGGCGUACUGCACCUCUCCCUCUGAUAUUAACGUCACAGCAUCGCCCUCACCUGAGCAAGAGCAACAAAACACAGUCUUCAGUUUCCAGACAAAGCUAAAAACCUCCAGCUCAGCUUCGAAGCUUGCCAAUGGGCCCACAUCGCCGACGCGGCGGCCUGCAAACCCCAAACGUGCACGUUUGCCUCAACUGAAGCGGCUGCAAUCAGAGCCUUGGGGGUUGAUUGCACCCUCUGUUCUGGCUGCCGCUGCCGCCACCGCCGCCCAUGAUGAGAGUAAGAAAGCUAGUUCUGAUGAGGAUGUUGUUGCAGGGGUAAACGGACUCUCUCUGAGUAAGAGGUCGGCUUUAUCUCGACAGAACAGUGUAGACGGGAAGGACAGCUUAUUCCCACUAGUGGGAGAACAGCCCUGCAAAAUGACCACCUCAUUAUCAGUUCCUCCAACAUCUAAACCAUCAUAUGAGAGAACGCUAGGCCAACACCAGCCACUGGCACGGCGCAGCACGGUGCCUACAGAGCAGGAGAGCAGCAGCUGCAGCAGUGGACUAGCCAGUUUGAGAGACACAAUGCAUAGGAGACACCUGGGGAAUGAUCACUAUGACUCAGACUCACAGCUCUAUUCAGACUCUGCCAUGUUAGAUUCUCCUAAGGUCCCGGUGGAGCGCAGAAAACUAAACACCUCUCCACUUGUGAUGUUAACCAGCUCCAGAGAAUCUCUAGACAGCAAUGCCAGCACAUCCUCUCCCAGCACAGCACGCAGGCGUGCACCUGGCCUCCUGGAGAGAAGAGGCUCAGGCACACUUCUGCUGGAUCACAUCUCCCACACCAGGCCAGGCCACCUCCCCCCUCUUAACAUAAACCCAAACCCUCCCAUUCCCGAUAUCGGGGCUAGUAACAAGCCCUCCUCACCUCUGGCCACAGGUAUUAGAUCUAUAGCUCCAGUAGCACCAAACACACCAAAGAGAGGUGGCCUCAAGUUGAAGAAGAAACUUGUGAGAAGGCACUCUAUGCAAGUGGAACAGAUGAAACAGCUUUCUGAUUUUGAAGAGCAUUAGUUAGUUAUGAAGUUUAUGCAGCAAAUAUUGUGGAAGUAGAGAUGUUAACACCAUAGAUUGUGAGGAAGUACAUCCAUAGUCUACACGAGUCAUUUGUGUCAUUUGUGUAGACUCACAGCCAUCUAGUUGUUGAAUUAUGUGUAAUUAAAAAAUAUAGAUAGGAUAUAUAGAUACAUUAAAACUGAGCAAUAUAGGUAGAUUUCCUCCCCGUGUCACACUCAACCUUAAGGAUAACUAUCUUUUGACUUCACAACAUCUGCUGUAUAUGUUUUACAGUUUUGAAUGUAAAUGCCAAGAUAUGGUACUUUUCCUCUGAACUAGCUGAUCAUGUAACAUUAAAGGAACACACAGGGUACAUUUGUAGCUGGUGGCAGAUAGGGUGCACUUUGUGCAUAUGUAAUUAGCACCAUAAUGGACAUUCUGUCUCACAAAAAAAAACAGAAAAAGAAAAAAAAAUGUGAUGCACUUGUCUGAGAUGUAGCUUUGGGUAAGAUGAAAUUGGACUGUUUGUAGCAAUUCUGUACAAAGUGCCUUUAAAAAGAAACCGAAAAAAGUGAUGAGCAGAUACAAAUUUUGUAUAAAGAAAUUUUUAAUUCAUGGUGAUGUAACCAACAUGAGUUUUGUCUCAGCACUGCUGGUCUCACAUGGAUCAAAAUGAAGACUCGUGAUGAAUACAUAGGAUGUGGAUAAACGGUAUGCCUUAAAAGACAGGUAUAACAAUGGGCUAUGUAUAACAGCACUUUAAUGCCCAAGAGAAAGAAACUGAAUACCACUAUUAGCAGUGUUACAAAAAGCUAAAGCACAUUCAUAUAUAAUUCUUAUAUGAUAAACCCAAGCAACAAUAAAUGACAUUUUAACCCUUAGUCCACACAGAUAUUGGUGAAAUCCAUCAAUUAAAA